UCCAGUUUGACUUUCUUGCGUGGUCGGUCCCCGCGUGAGACCUUCACACUGUGAGCCGCUAUUGGCCUCCUCCUUCGUCCACCCUCCCGUGGAUACUUGCACUUUCUCUCACAGUUUAUGGUUCACCUGGUCAACUAGGAGAUACGAGCGGUGCGUCAAGUGGUUGGAGAAACAUUGUUCUUUUCUGGAGAAGGUGCACGCGCACAUCGCUUCCCAAUCGACAACCCCAGUCGUCCUAACUCCACCGCGGGAAGCUCGCCUUCGAUUUCCCUACCACGCGCUUCGCUGCUACGAUGUAUAUGACCCCAUGACGAGCCCUUCCCGCCAUCGCCACUCUCGCCGAACGUUUGGGAGAACACGUUGCAGGUCGCCCGAGGAGCGGAGACGAUGGAGCGGGAAGGACGCGGGGCGGCGGCGGGGGAGGAGAGGCGGUACAAGGGGGUGCGGCGGCGGAAGUGGGGCAAGUGGGUGUCGGAGAUCCGGCUCCCCAACAGCCGCGACCGGAUCUGGCUCGGGUCUUACGACUCACCCGAGAAGGCCGCCCGGGCUUUCGACGCCGCUGCCGUGUGCCUCCGUGGCCCCCGCGCCCGGCUCAACUUCCCCGAUUCUCCUCCGCCCUGCGCCACGCAGCCCCUCUCCCCGCAGCAGAUCCAGGCCGCAGCUGCCCGCCAUGCCGCGACACCGCCGUCGCAGCCGAGGCUUGCUCCAACCGCUGGGGAGGCCGGGAGCGGGGAGCCGCUGGACUGGUCGUUCAUGGACCCGCAGCAGGCGACAGCCUCGGAGGAAGGCACCGAGUUCCCAGCUGCGAUGGAUGACUACAUGUACGACUUCUUCUCGCCGGCGCCGCCGGCGGAUGUGGUGGAAGACCACGGGGCCGUCGACUUCGGGUCCAACUCUUUCCUCUGGAGUUUCUGAAGAGACGCUGCACCAUAAGGAACUGCACGUCGCCGCUCUGCACAUCGUUUACUUAUAUUCGUUCAAUUGUUCACAUAUAUAUAUAUAUA